AACUCAUGUGACCUUAGUAAAACACUUAAAUAGCUAUGUAUAUCUCUUCCGUCUUCACAAGCUUUUGUAGUUUUCAGAAAAUAUCAGUUUUAACAGUGUCCUCCUGUAAUCCUUAAGAUCGACGAUGGACGUUACAUAUAGGAGCACCAUAUUGCUAGUGGUUAUAUUCUUUGCAGCAGUAAAUUCUAAACCUGGAAUUGUGUCGAAGAAUGUCAAUGACAUUGAAUCAGCAACUGUCAGUCAGACAGCAACCGACCAAAACACGUCAGCUAGUUCUGCAACGACUACAAGAGACUCAAACAUUACUGGUCAGACAACCGAACUCGCCAAUGUUACCAUUCAAACAACGAUAACUCCAAAUAUCACGAAAGAACCAACAACGGCACAUUCUAACAUUACUAUAGAGCCAACAACUCAAAAUUCAAAUAUUACGAUGGAACCCGUAACUAAGGCAACUAACGUGACACUGGAACCAACAACGAAAAACCCAAAUAUGACAGUAGAACCAACAACAAAAAAUCCCAAUGUCACAGUAGAACCAACGACCACAAGCCCAAAUGUCACAGUAGAACCAACAACUAAAAACCCCAAUGUGACAGUGGAACCUUCAACUCGCCCAAGUAAUAUGUCUACACCAGUGUCAACUCCAAAAACGAAGCCACAUCCAACAACACAUGCAAUGCCGACCACUACAAAGAAGUAUAAAUUUAAUGGUGCAAGUUUUGUGGGAGGAAUAGUUUUAGGUGUCGGUGUAUCAGUUGUUAUAAUAAUGAUUGUUUACUUUUUAAAAUGCAGAAAAAGUGAUGCCGGUUACGAUAGAAUGUAAAACUAACAAUUGCUUAUAACUAUAAUUUUGGUAAUCUCAUUUGCUUAAUACUGAUUUUAUAUAUAUAUAAGACCACUAUAUUUAAUCAUUAUGUCAUCGUCGUACUCUGUGAAUUCCAAAGAUCAUUAUAUUUAUAUGUAAAAGAAGGAGUUCAUUACUAGUACACAAAUCCUAUGACCAAACUGAAAAAACUCAAAAGCAAAGGAACAGUGAUUUGAUGUUUGUGCUUUAUAUUGAAGUCAAAGUGAGACCUCCAACACAUGAUCAUAGUUCACACAUCAAUGCAAGUUCAAGGUGAAACAUCAAUUUUGGGAACACAAGUGACAGAUUUCAUUUUUCAAUAUAUUUAUUUUUGUAUGAUUUACAAUUUGUUUUUGUUAUAUAAAAUAUUUCUUAAACAGA